GGCGGGGGCAGUAGCUUUGGCAACACGGGCGUGUGAUGCGAAGGCUGCCAGGACGCGCCUAGCGCGAGCGUGAAGAAGAUCCUCCAGUCCCCUCCAGUCGCAGGCAGUGCCGUCUCGUGCCCCAUUACAGAUCACAAAAUGGCAAAUUUUAACACUGUGUUUGUAACUGGAGGUGCUGGUUACAUUGGAAGUCACUGUAUUGUAGAACUACUUGAGGCUGGCUACAGUGUCAUUGCCAUUGAUAAUUUUGCAAAUUCUGUGAAUGGAGAACAUGGAGAAGCACCUAGUCUGAAGAGAGUAGAGCAAAUAACAGGGAAACCAGUGAUAUUCUAUCAGUGUGAUCUUUUGGACAAGUCAAAACUAGAAGAGAUAUUUAGUAAACACAAGAUUGACUGUGUUAUUCAUUUUGCAUCAAUGAAAGCAGUUGGAGAAUCAAUGCAAGUUCCACUGCUGUAUUACAAAAAUAACAUUGUUGGGACUAUCAACCUACUUGAGGUUAUGAAACAAAAUAACUGUUACCAACUGGUAUUCUCAAGUUCAUGCACUGUGUAUGGUAAUCCAGAGUAUUUACCAAUAACAGAAGAGCACCCAACAGGUGACGUCACAAAUGUUUAUGGACGGACAAAAUAUUUCAUAGAGGAAAUGCUGAAGGAUAUAAGUGCAGCAGAAAAGAACUGGAAUAUAAUAUCACUACGAUAUUUCAAUCCUGUUGGUGCACAUCCAUCAGGAUUAAUUGGAGAAGAUCCUACAAAAGCAUUUACCAAUUUGAUGCCAUAUAUGGCACAAGUUGCCAUUGGCAACAAAGAGAGCCUUACCAUUUUUGGUGGUGAUUAUGACACAGUGGAUGGAACAGGGGUACGAGAUUACAUACAUGUAAUGGACUUAGCAUCUGGGCAUGUUGCAGCCCUGGACAAACUGAACAAGGAACAUCUAAGGUUAAAAACUUACAACUUGGGCACAGGGCAAGGGGUUUCAGUGCUCCAGCUGCUCAAAACAUUUGAAGCAGUCACUUCAACAGUAGUGCCAUAUGAGAUCCGAGAACGACGUACUGGUGACAUUGUUUCCAUGUACGCCAAUGCAAACCUGGCAGAAAAAGAGCUUGGUUGGAAAACAAAAUACAAUUUGGAACAGAUGUGCAGAGAUUUUUGGCGUUGGCAGACAAUGAACCCCAAUGGAUAUCGCAGUGAGACAGCUACUGCAGCAAAAUUGAAUGGAACUACUCUGGCAGUGAAUGGAAAACAACUGAACGGGCAUUAGUCUCCUCAAUGACCAUGGACACUGUGAUAGUCAUUUUCAUGAGAAUCCUAUGAGACACAAAUAAUAGUGCAUUUUACAUGGUGUGGCAGUUCCAAAAAUGUCAAUAUACACCUUUUCAAUGCACAUGGCGACUAAACACUGGAAAUGUUACACAUUAAAACAUUUUUAAUGUGUAACGUAACUGUAGCCUCUCUUACAUCACAAUUGCCAGUAUUAUUCAAUUAGUGCCUUACUUUUAUCAUUGUCAUUAUUAAUGUGAAAACAAACAGAUUGGAACUGUAUUAUAUUUUUAAGUCUCAGAAGAAAACCACAGUAUGUAAAAAUGUAUAUUGGAUUGUUAAUUGGUACAGCAUUUAUGCACCAUCUCGAAUGCUCAGUAACUGUUGAUUCAUAAUACAUAUUCAUUUCAUUUCAAUUUCUUUGGGCCAAUUAAUGUGAUUUGGUACUGUUUUAAUUUCAAAAUACAACUACAAGGAACUGUGGGAUACAAACUCAUGUAUUUUGAACUAGAAAUGAUACCUGGAUGUAAUCACAUUAUUAUUCAACAAGUUUUAUCAUGAACAGUUACAUGAUAACUUUGGAUGUAAUCACAAGAAAUGAAUAAUAAAAUGGAAUUAAGUCUUA